AUGUAAUACGUUCCUUUAACAACACAUCUAAAUGCUUUGGCUCAAUUAUAUUUGCAAUGUGCUAGUUUAUCUGAAAGAUGUGAUAAAUUAGCAAGGGGAGAGGAAAUAAUGAAUGAAGAAAAAUAAAUCCCAAAUCGUAAUGAUCAAAUAAGAAUAGAUAUGGGUUAUGAUCCACUGUAAACUUUGGAAAACAAUAAAUAAAGACAAAUAGAUUCAAGAUCAAACACACCUAUAGAGAUAAAGUAUUUUGAUAAUGAUAAGAUAGCAUAGUUGAUGAAGAAGAGGAGAGGAUUGAAAAAAAAAAUGNAAAGGAUUGUUUUUAUUAUCUUCUUAUACAACGAUUAAAUUCCAUUAUUAGAUUAAUAAAACCUAAAAUUUAAUAACAUAUAUAAGUAACCAAACAUUCAUUUUUAAUCAAUGAUUUUUUAUGA